GUUUACCGAUUGCCUCUACCACGACAUGCUCGGCGCCGGAAUCCGCGUCUACCGAGAUGACGAGGAGCUUCGCGUCAGCAGGGAGAUCGGCGGUGAGCUCAUGCGGGCGCUCAACGUGUCCAAGAUCUACGUGCCCAUCUUCUAGGACUACGCGUCGAGCUCGUGGUGCCUCUGUGAGGUCGCCCACAUGGUGGACUGCGUGGCUCGGUCGAAGGGGAAUAAGGAUAUCUUGCCGGUGUUCUUCAACGCCUCGCCUUCGGAUGUGAAGCUCAAGGCUGGGCUGUACAGGAAUGCCAUGGCCAAGCACAGGAAGAAGUUUGGGGUUGAGGAAGUGAAGAGGUGGGAGGAUGCUCUUGUUGAAGUUGCUGAAUUGAAGGGAUGGGACCUCAAAACGAGAGGGCAUGGGGAAGCUAUUAAGUUGAUCAUCCGAGAGGUUUUGGUAAACUUGAAGAUAAAGCAUAAGUAUGUGAAAAAUCAGCUGGUUGGAGUGGAUGAUCGUGUAGAAGACAUAAUGAAGCAGUUGGAUGUUGACUGUGAAGGUGUUUGUUUUGUUGGUAUUCAUGGGAUGGGCGGUGUUGGCAAAACAACUCUUGUGAAGGUUGUCUUCAACCAGGUCUAUUCUUAUUUCGAUGAUUGCUGCUUUCUUGGAGAUGUUUGAGAAUCAUCAGAAAAAGGGGGCCUAGUAAAUUUGCAGAAACAGUUGUAGACAUUCUCGACUCUAGAUUCGUGGACAACAUCCAUGACAUUGAUGAUGGGAUUAACUAGAUCGGGACAAGAUUUCGCAGCAAAAAGGUCCUCAUCGUUUUGGAUGAUGUUGAUAAGGAAGAACAACUUAGCAGGGGAACGAGAUUGGUUUGGUUCAGGAAGUAGGAUAAUCAUUACCACCAGGAAUGAAGCUACUCUAAAAGUCCUGGAUGAGGAUUUGAUAUACGAAUUAAAAGAAUUGAAUUUUGAUCAAGCUCUUAAGCUUUUAUGCAUACAUACUUUUAGAAAAGAUUAUCCACCAUAUCAAUACGAUAUUCCUGCAUCAGAAAUUGUUGUCACAACCAAAGGGUUUCCUUUGGCUCUUGAGGUCAUAGGCUCAUUUCUCUAUCGCCAACCAGAGAAGAUAUGGAAAGAGACUGUGGAGAGGCUAGCAAGAAUACCUCAUAAGGAUGUCUGAUAGCAGUUGAUGAACAGUUAUGAAGCAUUUGGGGAUGAGGAAAAUGAGAUUUUUCUUGACAUUGCUUGCUUUUUUGUCAACAACACCAAAAAGACGAAUGCAAUUUACAUGUGGGAAGCUUGCAAUUUUUUUCCUAAGACUGGGAUACAGGUUCUUAUGCAAAUGACUCUGGUAAAGAUUGUUGAUGGUGAUG